AUGUACCGCCAGGUCAAAAUUCAGCAAGACGACUGCAAGUAUCAAAGAAUCCUAUGGUACAAUCAAGCUGGCGAACGUACCAUUUACGAGCUACAAACGGUAACGUAUGGUGUCGCAAGUUCUCCUCAUCAUGCAACACAAGCGUUGCUCCAACUAGCAGCAGAUGAAGGCGAACAAUUCAAAUCAGCUGCUCGAGUCGUCUCCAUGGAUAGCUACAUCGACGACUUCCUGACGGGUGGCAAAACGGUCGAAGAGGUGAUCAACAUCUACAAUCAACUAACGCAACUCCUGUCCAAAGGUGGUUUUGGCGUACAUAAGUUUUGUUCCAGUAGUCCAGAGGUGUUAAAACUUAUCCCAAACGACUUGCACGAGAAGCAAAUUGGUUUCGAUUCUGAUGUCAACGAUUCGAUUAAGACACUUGGUCUCAUCUGGAAUCCAACAGCUGAUUUCUUUCGAUUUUUCGUUCGAUCGUCCGAAGGUAAUUCAACCACGAAGCGAAGUGUUUUGUCUGACAUCGGCCGACUCUUUGAUCCCCUUGGAUUUUUGGGCCCGAUCAUCACCACGGCGAAGCUUCUGAUGCAGGACAUUUGGCGACUGGGAAUUGGCUGGGAUGAAGAGUUGCCCACAGAGCUGCAACUAAAAUGGCAAAACUUUCAACAACAACUACCAACCAUCAACGAGAUGCGCAAACCAAGACGUGUGAUAGCGAACCAUCCAACACUAAUCGAGCUCCAUGGUUAUUCCGAUGCAUCCUGUCAGGCCUACGGUGCGGUAAUAUACAUCAAAAGUAUCUCCUCCGACGGAACCACACAGGUACAUCUUUUGACAAGUAAAUCUCGAGUUGCUCCCUUGAAGCCAGUAACUAUUCCCCGACUAGAAUUAUUAGCCGCUAAACUAUUAGCAGAGCUUACGCAGAAGGUUAUGUCAGCAAUGCAAAUUGAAGUCAACAAUGUGACUCUUUAUAGCGACUCGCAAAUUGUAUUGUGCUGGCUUAAAAAAUCUCCUUUGUCGCUUAACCAAUUUGUAUCCAAUCGAGUUGCUUCAAUUGUUGAGCUCACGCAAGAUUUUCGAUGGUGCUAUGUACGCACAAAUGUUAACCCCGCUGAUUGCAUUUCUCGGGGUGCUCUUCCCAACGAGCUGGUUGAGAAUGAGUUGUGGUGGAAGGGACCUCCAACAUUAUGGGAAACUUCACUCCAACCACAAGAUCCAUUUCCAUUUGAUAUCGAUGAUCAAAAUAUACCCGAACUUCGCAAGCGCAAGGCGCUGACUAUUAUAGCCAAAACGCCACAUAUGAGUCUGGAUAGACUGAGCAAUUACAGACAAUUGCAAAGAGCGUGGGUGUAUGUACUGCGUUACGCCAAACGGGGUGCCCGAACGCAACCUUACAAUGCGCCUAUUUCUGCUGAUGAAAUGAUGUUAGCCGAAACUACCAUUUUUCGAUUUGUCCAGCAGCAAACAUUCCAAACUUUGUUGAGCGACAUCCAAUCCAAACAGACGAAACGCUACAAUUUAUCCAACUUGGCUCCAUUUGUUGGAAACGAUGGGCUCAUCCGAGUUGGUGGUCGACUCAAGUAUUCUGCUAUUCCAUACGAUGGAAAGCAUCAAAUUCUUUUGCCAGAACAGCACUUUGUUACUAAAAUUCUGGUUCGCAAACUCCACGAAGAACAUCUUCAUGUUGGCCAUUCGGGGCUCCUUGCCAUCGUUCGAGAACGGUACUGGCCCGUACGUGCUAAAAGCAUAAUAAAGAAAAUUAUUUCGAACUGCAUUGUUUGCGCUAAGCUACGCGCACCGUUUUCGCUGGCACCGUUUUCGCACGUUUCGCACGCAAGACCGUUUUCACUGGUCGGGAUCGAUUACGCCGGACCAUUUACUUUAACCUUCGGAACCAGAGGAAGAAACACCUACAAGGCGUACGUCGUUGUGUUUAUUUGUAUGACUGUGAAAGCAAUCCAUUUCGAGCUGGUUACCAAUUUGACUACCGAAAAUUUCAUAGCCUGCUUGAAUCGAUUUGUGGGCCGCCGUGGAUUACCAAGUGAUAUUUUCACAGACAAUGGAACAUCUUUCGUCGGCGCUAAUAAUGAAUUAGCCGAUGUGAGGAAAUUAUUUGAAGACGAAUUACACCGUGCCAAAUUACAAGAAUUUUGUGCAAUUCGUGGACUUACAUGGCAUUUUAUUCCGCCCAGAAGCCCCCACUUUGGCGGAAUAUGGGAAGCUGGCGUCAAAUCGAUGAAAUAUCAUCUCAAGCGAGUAGUUGGAGAAACAAAAUUAACAUAUGAGGAGAUGCUUACUUUCCUGGUCCGCACAGAAGCAAUACUCAACUCAAGACCUCUUUGCCCGAUGUCAGACGAUCCUUGUGAUGCAGCAGCGCUAACUCCUUCGCAUUUCCUGAUUGGACGUUCUCUACUGGCCUUACCCGAGUCGUCGCUUAUGGAGGAAAAGGUCGGUCGAUUGAAUAGGUGGCAACACGUGAAGUACAUGCAGGAGCAUUUCUGGCGAAGGUGGUCCCGUGAAUAUUUGCACCAUUUGCAAAGUCGUCAAAAGUGGAGUGAUGGAGUUCGAAAGUUCACAAAGGGUGAUCUUGUUUUACUGGUUGAGGAGAACCUCCCACCCCAGCAGUGGCGACUUGGACGCAUCGAGAUUCUUCAUCCCGGCGAAGACAACGUCGUGAGAGUGGUGACGGUCCGCACCGCUAGUGGCAGCGAGUUCAAGAGAGCGGUUACAAAAAUAGCCUUACUUCCGGUCAGAGUUCCGAUAAUCACUCGGAAGAAACGCUCAUGA